AUGUCAUCCAUCAAGGAUUUGUUGAAUCCGAUGCCCGAGGAACGUGAGAUUGACGGUGACCGUGGACGUGAACGCCCACCUGCCCGUGAGAAACGAACAAGGAUGCCGAAGGAUGCUGCUCUUUUCCGUCCUGGCGAGCCUAGAGGUGAGGUUCGCUAUCCUCCCAUCGAGAUAUCUGAUGAGAGCCUCCUCGAGAAGCAUCGAAAGUUCAAACUUCAUCCCAUGGGCAGAAUCGCCGAGUUCCCUCGCCACAUCCCCUACCAAAGUGACAAGAAGAGCUUCCAAGAGAAGACAGGACGUGAUAGUUUCAACGUCUUCCAAUAUACCUUCCAGAUUCCAGGCGAGGAAACAGUUUGGACAGUGAUGUGGGAUUACAACAUCGGACUAGUUCGCACAACGCACCUGUUCAAGUGCAACGGGCACUCAAAGACUGCCCCCGGAAAAGUUCUGAAUGCCAACUCAGGCCUUCGAGAGAUCUGCCAUAGUAUCACUGGAGGCUCCCUUGCCGCUCAAGGCUACUGGAUGCCCUACGAAGCCGCAAAAGCUGUAGCAGCCACCUUCUGCUGGAAAGUCCGCCACGUCCUAACACCUCUCUUCGGCACUGAAUUCCCAGCCAUGUGCAUCAAGCCCAAAGAAGGCUCUGGCACCCAAACAAGCCUAGGCCAGAUAAUCAUUGAGGCUGAUAUAGUACAUCGCGCAACUCAAACAGCCCGUCUGUACCGUUCUCUCGAGAUGCAGAAAGAUCACACCCGCACUCACACUCACAGCCCCGGACCUGAGAACACAGGGAAGCUUCUCACGGCGGACAGCGAGAAUGAGAAUGACUCUGUUGCUUCUGCGCCCCAUCGUCGGAUAUACUCUAAGCUGGCUCGUCGAAGCUACGCAGUUAGUAUCUGUAGUGCGCGUGGUUCGUCUACUGAACCUCCUUCUUAUUGCAAUUCUCCUCAGAGCCCUACGGUGAAUAACUUUACGCCGGUUAACAUGCCUAGGACUUCGAAUCCGGUGCAGAUGCAAGCUGUUCCGUCGCCGGAGGAGUUUGUGGAGAAUUGUAAGCUUACACGGGAGGCCCAAGCUCAGACUGAGGCUCAUGCUCAUUCUCAUGACCGUGUUCGGGACAGGCUUCCGUUUCUAGGGGGUCUGUUUCCGCUGACGAACAGACUUGUCAGUGAAGAAAGUGAUCUUGGCUCUACCUCUUCGAUUGGGAAUGCCUUUCGUUCUACUGCGUCUACAUCUAUUGAUGUUCCCAUGGGAGAUGAUAAUGAAAACAAGCAUACUGUUAUGCGUUCCGGCUCAAGUGGCUCGGAUCAUAGCUUCGAUUCUGAUGACUCGGCUGAAUUGGCGGAUGAUGAUACUGAUAAGGAUUACUCUGGUUUUGUGGGACCGAAAGAUCUCUGUUGCGCUGGUGAGAAGCGUGGCGUUGAUCGUGAUCAAGGUCGUAGGAAGAAGAAUCCUGUUCGUCCUCUGCAGAAUCGAAAGCGUGGGUCUGAAUUAGGCCAUUUUGCACAUGAAGUUAAGGCUGCGCAUGCUUUGCUAAGGCUUCAUAUGGAUGAGGCUUUGGCUAAUGACGAGCUUUUGAAGGAGUCUGAUUGGAGUCCGGAUUUGGGAUUUCGUAAGAGACGGCAUGCUUCUAUGUAA